AAACAAAUAGCAAUAAUUGUGACUUUAACAGUUCUUACAGUAGACUAAAUAUAGGCUAGCAUUUUAAAUUGGCAUUCAUAGAAAAUGGUUUCCUGAUAACACUCAAAUAACUAGCCUAUAUGUAAUAAUAACAACAACAUUUAUUAGCGCUCAUAAUGUUAAAAUCAUAAGAUUCAUAAUAAAAACAAAUUAUUCAUGUAAUUAGGCUAUACUUCAGUAAGAGGUGGAACAUUUUGUGUGAAAAACUAGCAACACAAAAGUCCGUUUUAGAUCAAGUAAUUCAGUCAUACACAAUGAGGACAUGACGGAAUAUUUUAACUCAUAUUUUGCAUAGCCUACAUUCACAUUAAUCGUGAAUACAACAUAUCUCACACAUAAAUACACGGUAAAUAUUAAUAAAUAAGCUAUAAAGUGUUACCAGAGCACUAAAUAGUUGAGUAGACUUACAUUAUUUGAGUUUGACCAAGCGAAGUUUCCGUUCCUGAGGUAAAAUCCCUCAUUAAAACUCAGCCACAUCUCCAUCAGCAAUCACCAGCGUCGGUCUCCAGCAGGAAAUAAAAGUAUCCUUCAUUUCCAGUGACUGCAGAAGUAAUAAACCGAACCCGCGUGUAGCUGCCGGUGUUUAUUAACACAAAUCAUUUCAAUCGUCGUCGACGGCGGAUCGCGGAUGAAGCUGUCAGUCAAACGCCGACCUGUCAAUCAAAACGACCGUUAUAAAGACGCCCCGCUUUCGCGCCUCGCAGUCAAGAGUGGGAACAGAGCGCGGGAAGGAGCCGUUGCUGGAGUCUAUUCGCGGUUUUCAGGGAGUUUCUCUGUCAGCAGCCUGUCAGCUGGAGAUGGAUAAGCCAGCAUCAGUGAACAUCAGCUCGGGGAACAGCUCCGUGGACAGACGCUCGUUCCUGGAGAGCAGUGGAUACCAGCACCUGGAGCCCGGAGAGCUGCGGGUGCUGAUCCCGGUGCUGCUGGGGGUCAUCUGUGUUCUUGGCUUCAGCGGGAACGUGACGGCUAUGGGUGUCCUGAUCACCAACGCACGCAAGAGUAAACUGUCCCUAAUCAACGGGCUCAUCCUGAACCUGAUGAUGGCUGACGGUCUGGUGCUGGCGUUCACGGUUCCCUUCAGAGCGGCGGCGUACUCACGGGCCAGCUGGACACUGGGGCUGUUCAUCUGCAAGACCUGCGACUGGUUCCUGCACUCCUGCAUGGCCGCCAAGAGCUUCACUGUCGCCAUCAUGGCUAAAGCCUGCUACAGGUACGUCAGCAACCCUACCAAACAGGUGAGCAUCCGCAUGAAGACCAUCCUGGUGGUGCUGAUGCUGGCAUGGCUGCUGGCUUGUGUGUUGCCCCUUCCCCAAUGGCUCUUCUCCAAACUCCAGAAGGAACCCAAUGGGAUGGUGUGUGUUCAGAUGGUGCCACUCCAUGCCCAUAACUUCAUGUCAAUAUAUGUGAAGGCGUACCCGCUCCUAGCCUACUGUAUGCCGCUAAGCGUCGCUCUUCUUUACUUCUGGAAGGCGUACGGGAGAUGCCAGAGGAGGUCAAGCAAGACGCAGAACCUGCGGACUCAGAUCCGUUCUCGAAAGUUAACGCUAAUGCUGUUUAGCUUGACUGUAGCCAUGGCUAGCAUGUGGCUCCCGCAGUGGGUGUCGUGGGUGUGGAUGCGGCACGCGGUGGAGACGGGUGGAGGGUUCCCUCCAGUGCUCUUCAGUCUGUCAGCGCAGAUACUGAUGUUCUCCAUCUCGCUAAUAAACCCGCUCAUCGUCCUGUCUCUCUCCGAGGAGUUCCGCGAGGGCUACAUCGAUUUAUGGCGGAGGCUCACUCUUCGUAAACAACCACCGAAGAACAAGCCAGGACCGCACACCCCGACUGCCCCCAAAUCGCCCACUCCACGCCAAGAGACGGCUGACCUGCCUCCACAGCGGGCAGAGCAGCCGGAGACCCCGCCGGACGCCGCACCGCAGGACAGUCCCAACAAUAAAGACGGGAUAGUUCUGCAGGAUGUGGAGCAGUUCUGGCAGGAGCGGGAGACGGGCUCCCAGAGCCAGGAGAACGACCCCAUCCCCUGGGAACACCAGGAGCCCAAAGGGGGACAACAGUAAGACUGUAGGAAUCAUUUCAGCAACACAACACAACAGAGCAGACCUCAGCAGAACUCUGGACACUGCGGCUACCAUCACGGACACUUUUCUAUUGUUUGUAUUAGUGCUGGGCGAUAUGACCAAAACCACAUGAUCACGAUAUAGAUCACGAUAACCAUAUAGAUCACGAUAUACCGAAUUCUGUACAUCCAACCAAUCCAAUCCAGUUUUAUUACUGCAAAAGUUUAUCACAUCCAAAAUAAAAGUUUGUUUUGACAUAA